GGCGAUGCAGCAAAGAGGCGCAGCCAGCUGAGCCUCGAGCCUACCCCGCGACUUCGCACAUCUCUCGCAAGCGCAAGGAAACCAACAUCCCUCUAUGCAAGACGGUGCAUUACAGACAUGAUCCUGGGGUCUGCGACAUUGUUGUAUAAUGGGAAAACGAGACCGCAUGCGCGCAUGGUUCGCACCAGACACGACCCGGCCUGCACCAUCCCGCACAGUCCCUCUGCCGCCUGCGCAACAAGCGUCUUCCCCUCGUGCUCCGCUGCCACCAUCCCCAUCACGCCCGACUGCAUCGAGCGGAGGUGCGUUGGCCUCAACAACGUCGGGCGACCCACUGUUGGAGAAGGCUCUAGCGAGAACACUGGAGAGGCUGCCUAAGGGUGAGAAAGCAGCAUUUGUGCAGGCAUCAAAAACUAUCGACGAGCGAACCCUGUUAUCCGGCGUACGGGCAUACGAUGCGGCCCAUAAGCACGACUCAUCCUUCAGACCUCACGCUGAGCGUCUUUCGAAGUUCCUGGGCUUGCUCAACAGAUUCAUGGGAGGUGUCGCUAUAGGCAUUCAAGCGAGCCCUGAAAUAUCAUCUCUAGUAGUUGGCUCAGUCAGGGUCGUCAUCGAUCUCGCCUUGAAGUUCACCAUGUAUUUCAGCAGACUUACCGACAUGAUCUGCACUUUCGAAGACUAUUUGGGUCCUCUCGCCGAGUAUGCACAUGCGGCAGACAUCAAUCUCGUGGAGAAGACAGUGGUCAAUGCUUACGCGAACGUGCUCGACUUUGGCUGGAAGGCGCGUCGUGUGUUUGUCGACGCCAACGGCGAUCAACGAAAGUGGACCUCUCCUAGAGCCUUUAUGCGCCAGCACUGGGAGACGUUUGAGUCUGAGUUUGUGUCCAUCAAGGGAGAUCUGCAGCACCAUCUUGACAUACUCAGGCACUCCGUCCAGGCACUGCAUUUUGAUCUGUCUAGGAAGGCUGAGCAUGCGAGGCGUCGUGAAGAAGAGAGGACGGAAAGAGAGGCGUUCCUCGCUUGGGUGUCAAACAUCGAUUUCGAGAAAGUUCACCAGGACAUAUAUGCGAAGAAGCAUGAAAAGACGUGUGACUGGUUGAUCAGAGAGCCGAAUUAUCAGCAGUGGUUCAACAGCCCUGCCUCAUCCCUCUUGUGGUGCCAUGGAAAGCCUGGAAUUGGCAAAUCCGUGCUCGCGUCAAAUGUGAUAGAGGACAUCACAGCUAAGAACGGGCUACGAGAUGAUACCGCCAUCUGCUUUGCUUACUACAACUAUCGAAACAUGCAGCUAAGAGAGCUUCAUCAGAUUGUAGCCGCUUUGCUCAAGCAGAUGUGCCGAGCGAUGAAUUGUAUACCCCACAAUCUGCUGAAAACCAAGCAUGAUGCUUUGUCUCCAUCAUUGGUUGGCAACCAAGAAAAUUUUGUUUCCCUCAUCGAAGAUCUAAGCCAAGUGUAUGUGGUGUUUGAUGCUCUAGAUGAGUGUCCAGAGCGGGAGCGGGAAGACAUCCUUGGUUUCAUCACUGGUAUAGUGACCGCGCGCAUUGGAUGCCACGUUAAGGUGUUCGUCACCGGUCGAAACGAAAUGGAUAUCGCCAAAGCCUUUGAAGAUAAGCAGAUACCUACAAUCCAGAUUCGAGCCAAAAAUGUCGCAACCGAUAUAGAGACCUUUGCGCGCAGUCAAGUCGAGAAGCUUCAGGCUGGGGAGCAUGGAAAGACCCUUUACAUCACCAGCGUCGAGCUCAAGGAGAAAAUAGUUCGAACACUCGCUACAAAGGCGGAAGGCAUGUUUCUUUGGGUCAACCUUCAGUUAGACAGUCUCUGUCAAGCCAGCAAGGCUCAAAAGGAUCAGGUGGUGGAGGAUGCACUGGAGACCUUACCGCAGGGCUUACCAGACACCUACGUUCGAAUACUAGAGCGGAUCGAAGACCAGCCUUCGUACAUGAGAGAUCUAGCACUGAACUGUCUCGCUUGGAUGAUUUAUGCCCGAAGGCCUCUCAGCACUAGGGAAUUACAAAUUGCGCUUGCAAUCAACUCGAGGUGCACGAUUCCACAGGAUUUACAACCCGAUUCUCCACGAGUAAUUCUCGAAGCUUGUGGGAACCUGUUAGAAGAAGCCAACGGCGCGAUCCGGCCGAUCCACUUCACGGUGCAAGAGUUUUUGACAACCGCCGUUCAAGGGCUGUUGCAACAUGCCGUCAGAACGCAGCUUCUAGACUCGAAUUCCAUGCAUAAGCGAUUGAGCUCAGCGUGUCUUUCAUACAUGCAUCUAGUGGCAUUCAGUAGGCCGGCUCAAAGAGGAUCCCGGCUUUACUUACGCCUUCGGGACAAUAUCUUCGCUAGCUAUGCAAGUCAGAACUUCGAUUACCACAUUUCAGAGUGCGAUGAAAUCCCUCCAGAUGUCAUGAAACAGCUGGAGAGACUCUUCCAGCAAGAGAGUACGUACCUUGCAGCUGUUCUGCAGAUCAAGAUUCUACGAGAUGGUCACGAUUACAACACUAUCGAGCAGCGCUUUGAUCGUAUGCAAUUUUUAGUGACUCCCGCUACGGUUGUAUAUAGCACUAGCCUCUACAACAUUCCCGCCGUAAGGCAACAAUGGGUGGACCAAACACCCCCAACAUAUGCUUUACACCUCGCAGCUUCCGCAGGGCUGACUAGUGCAGUCAUCCGACUUCUAGAGGGAGGAUGCGACGUUAACGAGAAAGAUGGGAGCGGCUCUACUUCACUAUGCUAUGCAUGCUUCAAUACCGACCUAGAACUCAUUCAAACACUGCUUAGCAAAGGCGCCGAGAUCAACGCGCAGGGUGGAUACUACGGUAAUGCACUCCAGGCGGCUUCCUACGAAGGCCACGAGCAGGUGGUGAAGCUGCUGCUUGAAAAGAACGCCGAUGUUAACGCGCAGGGGUGGAGACUACGGCAGCGCACUCCACGCGGCUUCUUGUGAAGGCUACAAGCAGGUGGUGAAGCUGCUGCUUGAGAAGAACGCCGACGUUAAUGCGCAGGGUGGAUACUAUGGCAACGCACUCCAGGCGGCUUCCUGCAGAGGCCACGAGCGGGUGGUGAGGCUGCUGCUCGACUUGGGCGCCAACGACGUACUCUAACACACCUCCCUAGCUGUUGUAAAGUUAUGAUCAGCUCGACGUAACAAAGCUCUAUUUUCUCAAAGG